GUAAAGCAGAGCCAUGGGGAACCCUAAUACUAACACCAACUACAGGAAGAAGAGAACGCCAUCAUCUGGAGGUGGCGGCGGUGGUGGUGGUGGGGAAGAAGAUCUUCACAGGGCAGCUAGAACAGGAGAUAUACAUGCAGUUCAAUCCAUUAUUGCUUCAAAUCCUUUAACUGUUAAUUCAAGAGAUAAGCACUCUAGAACUCCUUUGCAUCUAGCUGCAUGGUCUGGGCACAAUGAGGUGGUGAGUUAUCUCUGUAAGAACAAGGCUGAUGUUCGUGCUGCUGCCAUGGACGACAUGGGAGCAAUUCACUUUGCUGCUCAAAAGGGGCAUCUAGAAGUCGUUCGUACCCUCCUCUCAUCGGGUGCUUCCGUAAAAUCUUGUAACCGGAAGGGUUUGACACCCCUGCAUUAUGCUGUUCAGGGUUCUCAUAUUGAACUUGCCAAGUAUUUGGUAAGAAAACAUUCGAGUUUGUCUGUUAAGACUAAAGCAGGGAAGACUCCUCUUGAUCUGACAAACGACAUAGAGAUACGCUCGUGCCUUGUAGAGUUGGAGAAAUGCUCGAAGGAAGAGAAGAAAGAAGAAACAGAUUCAAAGCAGUCAACUGAAGAAAAGCCGCUAGGUUCGCCAGGGAACAAUCAAAAUGUCAAAGAGGGGAAUGACGAGAAAGAUCCAGAGCCAUCUACUAAAGAAAAUUCUCUGCAAACACUAGGUCCUGUUGUUGAAGAUGUAAGUAUGCAGGAUGAAAGGCAAGAUAAAGAGACUGGUAAUGUAAAGAGAAAGGGUGAUGUGGUUGAGAUGACGGGAGAAGUAUCAGGACCUAAGAAGGCAAAAAUUGCACUGAAUCAUCUUCUAGGUGCUGACGAUGAUGCACAAGAAGAAGAGAAUCUGUAAAGAAAUUAUUAUCCUUUUGUAUUCCGCAGGGAAAUAUUAGAUAGUCCUCAGAGGUUUGAAAAGCAGGUUUCUGA